UGUACUGCUGUGUUUAGUCAUAAAUAAAAGAAUCCGGUGGGUUGUCACUUUGUAACGAGAAAAAUUUCCCUCAUUUUCUCGGGAAAAUUCUUCCUAUUCUUGACACUGAGAUUCUUAUCCCACAAUUUCCUCUGAAUUCUUAUUGUAAAUUCCCAUUUGAUUCCACUGUUGUCUGCGUGACUUGAUAGCUACAUCGUGAAGAACAACGCGUUGACCUUAUUCAAGGUCGAAUCCCACAAAUCAAAGUUUUGAUCGAUUUUGGAGCUGGAACAUGAUUUUGAGUCAACUGGGUCAAAUGGGUUUCUUUCAAAUCCGAAGAUUACUCUAGAUUUUGGGUUGGAUUGUUUUUUUUCUUCUUCUUCUGUUUCCUUUUUUGUAUGUGGUUGUUGAUGGAUACGGAUUCCAAGGAUGCUAACAAUUACAUGGAUAAUAAACCUGUGAUGGGUUCUUCUUUGGGAGGUGAAAAGGUUGAUGAUCAUGAUCAUGAUCAUGUCAAUGGAGAAGAUGAUAGUGACUCUAAUUCUUUGUUGCCUCCCCGGAGAGGUGGCAUGUCACGGAACUCUGAUAAGACACGCCUGAAAGUGCAGUGGAAUGAUAGGAAUGGAAACAAGCUUGUUGAGGUGCUUGAAUAUGAGCCAAGUGAUGUCAGUGACUCAGACGACGAUGAAGAUUCAGAUUCUUGUAUCUGUACAAUAAUGUAGAAAUCAUGUUGAUAGCUGUCUCAAACUCUGCUGGAUUAAUCAGGGAGCAUCAUUGUGGCUUGCCAACCCUGAAUUUGACCAAAAUAUGACAUAACACGUUUGAUGUUAGCUCUGAGGUGGGACCAAACAGUCCAAUAACCAUGACAAGCUGCUUCUGAAGUCUACCAAUACUUGGAUUCAUUUCAUCUUACUGGGUUUUGAGAUUAUUUCUUAGCUGAAGUUUUGGGUGAAUUCUCUGAUGUAGAUCAAAACACAAGUUUCUUCCAGCAGUAUGAUUCGGAAAGUAUAUAGCUUAGACACAUCUAUUGCUUCCUUUUGUUUUCUCUGUUCCUCAGUAUGUGGAACAAAUUUUCAUGAUUCAAGAAUUCAUUCCCAGUUUUGUCUUUAUGAAGUGAUUACACCUUUUGCCAUA